GCCGAGAUGGCGGCGACAGGGAGGACUGGGACGCUGGUCCUGCCCGUGCUCCUCCUGCUCGCGGCCCAGGUAACCUGCGAGUAUGGAAUGGUCCAUGUAAUCCCUGAGAUGGGGGAUGCCAAGGGAAAAGACUACUGCAUCCUGUUCAACUCUCAGUGGGCCCAUCUGCCGCACGAUCUCAAUAAAGCUUCUCUGUUACAGCUUCAAGACCAGACAGUGUCUGUCUUAUGUUCUCCUUCCGAUGUCCCCAGUGGGGGAUUUAGCAACCGAAUCCCCAUGGUGAUGCGGGGAAACUGCACCUUUUAUGAAAAAGUGAGGCUGGCUCAGAUCAACGGGGCUCGCGGGCUGCUGAUCGUCAGCCGAGAGAAGCUGGUUCCCCCUGGGGGCAACCGGUCUCAGUAUGAAGAAAUCGAUAUUCCAGUGGCGCUGCUCAGCUACACCGAUAUGCUGGAUAUUGGCAAGAAUUUUGGCCGACUUGUGAAGGUGGCGAUGUAUGCCCCCAACGAACCAGUGCUUGAUUAUAAUAUGGUGAUUAUCUUCGUCAUGGCUGUGGGCACCGUCGCGAUUGGAGGCUACUGGGCUGGAAGCCGAGAUGUCAAAAAGAGGUAUAUGAAGCACAAGCGUGACGAUGGAACUGAAAAGCAUGACGACGAGACCGUGGACGUGACGCCCAUCAUGAUCUGCGUCUUCGUGGUGAUGUGCUGUUCUAUGUUGGUCCUGCUGUAUUACUUCUACGAUCAACUUGUGUACAUGAUCAUCGGAAUAUUCUGUCUGGCAUCUUCCACGGGUCUCUACAGUUGUUUGUCUCCUUUCGUAAGAAGACUCCCAUUUGGGAAGUGCAGGGUCCCAGACAACAAUUUACCAUAUUUCCACAAGCGCCCUCAGGUUCGGAUGCUGCUCCUGGCUGUGUUUUGCAUCUCUGUCAGUGUGGUGUGGGGAGUCUUCCGAAAUGAAGAUCAGUGGGCCUGGGUCCUUCAAGAUGCUCUGGGGAUUGCCUUCUGCCUUUACAUGUUAAAAACCAUCCGCCUCCCAACUUUCAAGGGCUGCACUUUACUUCUGAUGGUGCUUUUCAUCUACGAUGUGUUUUUUGUCUUCAUCACGCCUUUUCUGACGAAGAGCGGGACCAGCAUAAUGGUGGAGGUGGCUGCAGGCCCAUCUGACUCAGCUACUCAUGAAAAGCUUCCUAUGGUGCUAAAGGUUCCAAGAUUAAAUGCUUCACCAUUAGCCCUCUGCGAUAGGCCAUUCUCUCUCCUAGGCUUUGGAGACAUUCUUGUUCCAGGAUUACUUGUGGCAUACUGCCACAGAUUUGACAUUCAGGUGCAGUCCUCCAGAGUCUACUUUGUAGCUUGUACCAUAGCCUAUGGCAUCGGCCUUCUGGUGACUUUUGUGGCCCUGGCACUGAUGCAGAUGGGCCAGCCGGCCCUACUCUACCUGGUGCCCUCUACUCUCAUCACCAGCUUUUCCGUAGCUCUCUGGCGUAAGGAGCUGACAAUGUUCUGGACGGGCAGCGGCUUUGCGAAGGACCUACCUCAGCCAUCCUUGGUGGUGUCAUCGGCCGGCUGCUCCCAGCCCGCAAAAGAUUCAAAUACCUCCCCUUCUCAACAGGACCCAAACAAGGAUCUGACCAGCCCCACCUUCCACGCAGAAGACCUUUCAGGCCCAUCCCUGGACCCGGAGAAAGGAACAGAUGCCGACGGACCUACUCCUGAGCCCGAGGGCUCUGCCGGCCACAUCAAAGACCCAGUCGCUGAAGGCAAGGACCACCCCGAACAGGAGGUUCUCACAGCCAGCGGCAAAAGUUCUUCGGGCUAGGCCGCAACAGAGGAAAUGAGAAACCCAGCCCUUGCCACCACGUAGCCAACUUGUACACAGGCUGGUUCUGGAGUGUCUAGAGUUCCCCCUGAAGUGCUCUCUCCUCCCAUCCUCCUCUCAUUUUCCCCCUCAAGGAAUCACUGAAACAACAAGAAAUGUCCCACGCACAAUUGCCUGUACUCAUUAGAUUCCUUUUCCCUUCUUUCUGAAACAUGGUGCUCUAAGAUCAUUUGGAUGACCAUUUCAGUGAGAAUGCCAGUAGGUUAGCUCUCUCCUUUCUUAUCUAAGCCCAGUUGUAUUAAGAGUUUUUAUUUAUGCAGUGCUGUGUGCUCGUGUAGCUGUUGUGCUUCUCUAAGUUAAUCCAGAAAGGGGGAAGCAUUGGACAAGCCUCCUGCAGUGCAAAGCUGGGAGAAAUCAUGGUUAGCACUUUCUCUCCUUAGCAGUUUUCAUUUGAUAUCUUUUUUUGGGUUGUCUGUUUUUGUAUGUAUGUGUGUGUCUGUCUUUGUAAUACCUGAAUAACGAGCUUCGAGAAGAAACCAGAAAUGGUUUGGUUACCAGCCUGUGGGAAAAGAUAUGCAUUUUUACUGUGGUGCAUCCUUUUUUUCCUUCGGGCUUUUCUUCAGGCUAUUUUUAAUUAUUUUCCUUAUCUGUACCUUAGCUAGAAGGUGGUCUGGCUUGAGGCAGCUAGACGCUCUUACCUCCUUGAAAUUCAAGGUACUGUUUUUCUAGGAAAGCUUUCACUGAGUAGACUAAUUGCCUGAUGCUCAGCAUAACAUAUGUAUCCAAGUCAACAAGGUAUAAAUGCAAUUGGGAAACACAAAUCCCCAUGCACCCUGCCCUCCAGAUAAUUCAGAAAAGGGACCGAAACUGGAGAAUGAAAUAUGAAGGUGGGGCGUGGAUGUGGAUAGAGUUGUUUGUUUAAAGGACAUGACACAGCAGUACUGCAUUUGUACUGCUUUAUCCUCUAAUGUAAGAUGGAGCAGAGAGACCUUGUGCACGGGGUCUUUUUAAAACGGGAGAGUGAUGAUGGUAUCUUUUGAGUUGGGGUGGGGGGGGUGGGUGGAAAGGAGAGCUUGUUUUGAAACCAAUUCUUAGCCCGAAAUCUCCGAUAUGAACGGGUUCAGCACAUUGGUGAUCAGAGUAAAGAAACCCCAGCCCUUUUAAUGGGAAAUCAGCUUGAAGAUCUAGGGUCCACCCUGUAGUAUUCCUAUUCCAAUGACUAACAGCAGGGCUGUUUGUCCCCCAAGUGAAUCAUUGCCUCGGCACCUGGAGACUCCCAAGGGGGUGUGCAUGGUGGUACUGAAGAUGGAGGAAAAUAUGUCUCUAUAAUAUGCACAUAAGGAUAGAUCUCGAAGGCCCUGCAAGUUACAAAGGCCAAGAUUAUUAUUUUUUUGUUGUUGGGGGGGAGGGGGGAGGGCGGAGGGCGUGCCUAGUGUGAGUUCAUAAACUCACCAUAGCUGGAAGGGCAAGAAACCACUUUGCUUUAAGAAGUCACUUUCCUGCUACCAGGGACUGAAGCAGACACUAAAUGGUCCUGGCCCUUUCAUAGUUCUCUGCUGCUAGUUUCCCUAGGCCCUGGCCACUGGGUUCAGGGCUGGGUUGGUUGUACAUUAGAGCAUUUCUUUUUGUUUGUAUUGUGGCAAAGGAUCCAAUUUGCUGUAAAUUUACAGAGAAUCAAGGGCAUUUAAUUUCUUUUCUAAACAUAAAUAUUCCUAACUUCUGAUCACAGACAUUCCAGUUCCACCAAUCAGUGGUAUUUACUGAGCACUUAUUGUGUGCAGAGCACUGUACUA